AUUCUUACGUUGAUGAAUAUUGGUUAGAUGAGACUCCUAUUAUUAUUCAGGACGUUCUUGAUGAGGAUAUUGUUAGAAUGUAACCUCAUUCUGGAUGAGAAUAAUGUUGGAAUGUAACCCGGAAUACCCCUCCAAGAAGUUGUACGCGUAUGAAUCCAAAACAAACGCAGCCCCAAACAAGGAAACAAACAAACAAACGCAGAGAGAGAAGCCGAGGCAUGGCGAUCCCAGCUGUAGUGGCUAUUGUUCCGGUGGGCAUAUUGUUCAUUCUCUCAGGCCUCAUUGUUAAUCUCAUGCAGGCAGUUCUUUUCAUCCUUAUUCAUCCUAUAUCAAAGAAAUUGUACAGAAAGAUCAACAAAGUAGUUGCAGAAUUGCUGUGGUUGGAACUAAUAUGGCUAAUUGAUUGGUGGGCGGGCAUCAAGGUUGAGUUGUAUGUAGACUCAGAAACUUUUAAAUUAAUGGGCAAAGAACAUGCACUUCUCAUUUGUAAUCACAGAAGUGACAUUGAUUGGCUUGUUGGAUGGGUCAUGGCUCAGCGCUCGGGUUGCCUUGGUAGCGCACUGGCCAUCAUGAAGAAAGAAGCAAUGUUCCUCCCAGUCAUAGGUUGGUCAAUGUGGUUUUGUGAAUAUGUUUUCUUGGAAAGAAGUUGGUCUAAAGAUGAAAGCACGUUGAAGUCAGGUUUUCGACGGCUAGAGGAUUUCCCUAUGCCAUUUUGGUUGGCUCUCUUUGUAGAAGGAACACGGUUUACACAGUCAAAGCUAAUGGCAGCUCAAGAGUAUGCUGCUUCAAGAGGAUUGCCUAUUCCUAGGAAUGUCUUGCUUCCACGUACGAAGGGGUUUGUUUCAUCAGUAAGUCAUAUGCGCUCAUUUGUUCCAGCAAUUUAUGAUUGUACAUUGGCUAUCCCCAACAAUCAGCCACCACCUACACUAUUGAGAAUGUUUAGAGGUCAAUCUUCUGUGAUAAAAUUACAAAUCAGGAGACAUCCAAUGCAAGACUUACCAGAAACAGGCGACGGAAUUGGACAGUGGUGUAAAGAUGUAUUUGUUACCAAGGAUGCCUUAUUGGAGAAGUAUUAUACUAAAGCCACAUUCAGUGAACUGCAACUUCAAAACAUUGGCAGACCUAUAAAGUCCUUGCUUGUUGUCAUAAUUUGGUCUUGCCUCCUCGGCUAUGGAAUUUUCAAGUUCAUUCAGUGGUCUUCCCUACUAUCCACAUGGGAAGGCAUUGCAUUUUCAGUGACUUUCUUGGUCCUUGUUGUAAUUCUUAUGCAAAUCCUCAUCCAGUCAUCUGACUCGGAGCGUUCUACACCUCUCAAGGUGCCCCCAAAAGACUCGGUGACGGAGCAACUCAUUCAACAAUGAUCCUGAGAUUUUGAUCUUACAGUAGGCAGUCCACAAUAGAUCAGAAAUUCUUUGUUGUAUCCUCAUUCGCUUACGACUGGGGUUCAAUGGAAACUCCUUCAAGGCAACUAAUGGAGCUUCAGCCAAGGACCCUGCCCUAGGGAGGGGCAAUGAGGGCGACCGCUCCAAUCUGCAGUGAGCACCAAAUUGUUUAUUUGUACAAACAUAUGUAUAUAUAUGUUAUAG